GCAAAUCUUGAAAACACUAAAUUAUUGAAAAUUUUGUUCAAGGUUUUUCCCUGUUCUGAUCAAACAAAUAUUUGAAUGAACAUUAUAGAAAAACCUUUUUAUUUUUUGUUCAAAUAAUUUAUGGAAAAGCCUUGAACAAUGAAGAAGAAACACACAAUUUGGCGAUUUGAUAUUUGACAAAACUUCUAUGUAAAAGUUCAGAAAUCAUCUCUUAUAUUGGAUGCAAUCAUCCCGACAAAUUUUCUUCGUAAUUGCGGUCUAAUGAGUCAUAUAAUCUCCUACAUUGAAUUUAUUUCCUUUCUUAUCUUGCUGACUUAAAAAUUUAAUUGACUCCUAAUAUGUUCUUAUUUAAUAUUUUUUAAUUGAAAUCAAUACAUUAAUUGUAAUCUUGAAUUCUUGCUAAUGUGAUUAAUAGGUUGAUUUUAAUAUCAAUAAUUUCUUAAUUGAAUUCAAAAAAAUUAAAGCUAAUUGGAUUGACAGAUUGACAAUUCUGAAGAAUAUAAUAUGUAUCAAUUAGGACAGUGUGGACCUUAAUGACGUUUAGAUUUUGGGUCCUGGGGAUGUCCCUCAAGCUUUGUUUUUAUCUAAUUUAGUAAUUAAUUUUAAUCUUUUUUAAAGUGCCCUGGUUUACUCUUAUUCCCUCCAUUGUCUCCUGACUACUAGCAGACAUUGCCUUCUAUGCUCUCAUUUACCCAUAAACAGCAUUCAAAUUUCAAAGCCAACCCUUUCAUCUUUCUCUUAUUCUCCUUUUUGGGUCACUCUGGAAAGUACAUAUGUUGUUCCUGACACAAAACCUCUCUUCAAGUUUUCAUGGAUGUUAUGCUUUGAUUUGAGAUUUUCUUCUUUGCUGUUUCUGUGGCAAUGGCAAUGUUCUGUGAUCUCCAAGUCGAUGUCAAUGGCGAAGAAGUCUUCAUGGUGAACAAGAAAACUUUGGCGUCUUUCUCUUGUCGAUUAAGCAAACUAUUUGGUAAAUCAAUGGGUACAACGAGCCUCAAAGUGAUAUUCCAUGACUUUCCUGGAGGUGCAGAGGGUUUUGAGCUCAUGACAAGGUUUUGUUACAACAAUGGAACAAUCGAAAUAACUCCUUCCAACUUAGUCCUUGUAUACUGCAUUGCCAAUUUCAUGGAGAUGGAUGGUGAUAUACUAUUGCAAGCUCAAAACACUCUUGAUGGUAUCAGCUCUUGGACGUGGUCUGAGCUUCUAGUAGCUCUGAAGCAGUGCCAAGAUUUACUUGCCCCCUCAAAUUCUUCAUUGAUAUUGCAGAUAGUCAUGGACUGCAUCAUAGGUAAGCUUUCUUGUCCAUUUUUUCCAACCCCCAAUGAUACUACUUCAUCAGAGAACGUGAGUAGUUUCCAGUUUUCUAGUGGUUCGAGGAGCAGUUAUAAUCUGAAAAGCAAUUGCUCUAUGAAAACAUGGUGGUUUGAAGACUUGAUGUUCUUAAAUACCAAAUCGAUCGAAAUGGUUAUAAGAAGCCUGAUAUCCAAGGAGAUUGAACAGUCUACAGUUUUCAAGUUUCUCCUUCGUUAUCAUCAGUCAAAGUGUUUUGGUGCCAAACCAGAAGAGAAGUGCAAGAUCACAGAGGUUGUUAUCGGUCUACUUUCUCUGCUUGAUAGGCGCUCCCUUUCUUUCAAGGGAUUAUUCAAUAUAUAUCAAGCGGCUUUGAACAUGAAAGUAGGCAAGAAAUACAAAAACAAGUUGGAGAUUAUGAUAGGUUCACACCUGGAUCAAGCAACAAUCGAUUAUUUACUUGUUCCAUCUCCCUGUGGGAAAAAGUAUGUUUAUGAUGUGAAUUUGAUUUUGAGGUUAGGGAAAUCAUUUCUUCUUCAAGAAGGGGUUCAUUUAUCCCGGAAGAGUCGCUUCACAAAGGUCGCCAAGUUGAUGGAUUUAUACCUUGCAGAAGUGGCUCCAGAUUUUCAUUUGAAACCUUCAAAGUUUGCAGCAUUAGUUAUGAUGUUGCCAGCGUCUGUGCGAGAAUCUCAUGACAGACUUUACGAGGCCAUUGCUGUAUAUUUUAAGUGCCACACUGGUCUAUCUGAACAAGAGAAGCUGACAAUCUGUUGUGCACUGAACUAUAAGAAGCUCUCAGCAGGACCUUUGAAACAAGCCUCUCGCACAAAGUUCCCUUCCAGAAGAGCAGUAGAAGCUUUCAAGAAACAGCGAUCCAAGCUCAGAAGCGUACACCAGGAAGUCUACUACAUCCGAACCAAGGAUAAGAAAGAGGAAAUUGAGUCAGUCCUACUUGACGCAAAGAGUCUUGAUCUCCCAACAGAGGCUCAGAAGCUCAGUGCAGAUUUGAUGCAUUUGAAGGCAUUGGAAUUGGGGAAGGUUUUCGGGACAAUGCAGAUACGAGUGACAAGUGUAAUCAAAUCAAGAUUGCCCUUUCAGGCAACCAAUACUCGAUACUUGUCAAAACUCUUUCCAUAAUACAAAAUUUCCAACAGUUUGCCAUGUAGAUUUCUCAAGACCAAGAAAAUCAAUGCAAAUUCUUCUCCUUCCUUCCUUGUA